UUACACUGCCACCUUUAAGAAUGGGGCUCAUUCGGCUCAUUCACACUGAAAGCUAAGAAGAUGCAUGAUGUGUGUGUGAAACACAUUUUUUUGACCUCUAGAUGGAGUAUUCGACUGCCGAUAUCGCAGCAGCGAGGAGCUUGCAGUUGACUAAGUACAUACACAUGUCGAUGGUUACAUUCUGGAUCUAUGACUACGCAUGUCUACUUCACGAAGAGUGGACAUUUUUGCUUCGAUCGCACUGGAACAAGAUGAAAGGCCUGUAUAUCGUUACACGAUACCUCCCCUUUAUCAUUCUCGCUACGGAUAUAUAUAGGGGAUUUACUCCGAAUGAAAACGCAGAUAAAUGCUUGGUGUUGGACAAUGCCGAACUAGGCCUCAAUUUAGUAUUAGUCAUUUUCUCCGAAUGGUUUUUCAUCCUCAGAACAUAUGUGCUCUGGAACAACAAUAGAAUCUUGCUCGCAGCCAUGCUCUACGCCUUUUUCACUUUUAUUGGGGCCUCCACCGGCCUUACCUUUGCUACUACUGCUCCCGCAACAUGUACACACUCUCACCUUCUCUCUGGUGUUCCACGACCACUGAAACAUUCUGUUCACUUUCACAGAUCCGACUAGCGCGAUCCCAGGUAUUACAGGGUGCUACCAGAGUUCCACCACUUUCCGGUUCUUCAUACCAUUUCUUCUCUUUUCCGUGUUCGAUCUGGUUCUCGUAACCCUCACGCUCAUAUGCGCCAUACACAACUGGCGGGUAAACCCAAAUCGUCUGUACGUUGUCCUGGUGAACCACAACAUAGCAUAUUAUGCAUGCGGUCUUC